CUUGCAACAAGAUUCACACUCCGCUCUUCCCCGUAGCCUUUUCAUUCCCUUUCCCUUCCAAAACCAAGCAUCUAAUCCGAGGUGAACUUGCUCUUUACAGGCCAAUCAAGCUUCACUUCUUGCGCCAAACUACCCAACUACUCGUGGGACUGUCUAUUUUUGCCAAAAGAAAACAACUAUGGCUUCUGUGGCAGCAGCAAACGCAACUUCAACCAAUUGGGUUAAGCCUCGAUUGAAUAGGAGGAGUAAAAAACAACCCAACAUUUCUUGCUCUCUGCAAACUCCUUCCAUUCUUCAUCGACCUAAACAAUCACCGUCUUAUCCACCGUCAACCAUCACCACCACCACCGUUGCUCCCAUCAUAAAAUGCCCAAAGAAAGACACAGCUCCAGCCCAAGAAUGGAAUCUCCUACAAAGAAUAGCAGCUUUGGCUUUGGAUUCAAUGGAGAGUGCUUUAUUCACUUAUGAGAGUAAACGCCCUUUACCAAAAACAGCUGACCCAAUAGUGCAAUUAGAAGGGAAUUUCGCUCCCGUACCAGAACAACCAGUCCAGCGAAGACUACCGGUAACCGGAAAAAUACCCGAAUGCAUCCAAGGUGUCUAUGUCCGAAACGGAGCCAAUCCACUUCAUGAACCGGUGGCCGGCCACCACUUAUUUGAUGGUGACGGGAUGGUUCAUGCUGUUCAGUUCGACAAUGGGUCGGCUAGCUAUGCCUGCAGGUUAACUCAGACUAACCGUCUUGUUCAGGAACGAGCUCUGGGUCGCCCUGUUUUCCCCAAGUCAAUCGGCGAGCUCCAUGGCCACUCCGGUAUAGCAAGACUCCUCCUCUUCCAAACUCGUGGGGUUUGUGGGCUGGUUGAUCCUAGUCAGGGUAGCGGCGUCGCCAACGCCGGAGUUGUGUACUUCAAUGGCCGUCUCCUUGCUAUGUCUGAAGAUGAUUUACCCUACCAGGUUAGCAUCACUCCCUCCGGCGACCUGGAAACGGUGGGAAGGUACGAUUUUGACGGUCAGCUCAAUUAUUCAAUGAUUGCUCACCCCAAAGUCGAUCCCGUAUCCGGCGAAUUCUUCUCUCUUAGCUACGAUGUCAUACGAAAACCUUAUCUCAAGUACUUUCGGGUUUCCCAUGACGGUAAGAAAUCCCCGGAUGUUGAAAUUGAACUUGAUCAACCAACAAUGAUGCAUGAUUUCGCAAUCACAGAGAAUUUCGUGGUGAUUCCCGAUCAGCAGGUGGUGUUCAAGCUAGAGGAAAUGUUGCGAGGUGGCUCACCGGUGGUUUAUGACGAGAAUAAGAUGGCGAGAUACGGCGUUUUGAACAAGAAUGCCACUGAUGCUUCCGGUAUUCAGUGGAUUGACGUGCCCGAUUGCUUCUGUUUCCAUCUCUGGAACGCUUGGGAGGAACCAGAGACCGAUGAAGUUGUGGUGAUAGGUUGCUGCAUGACCCCGGCAGAUUCCAUUUUCAAUGAAUGCCAGGAGGGCUUGAAGAGUGUCUUGUCCGAAAUCCGACUCAAUCUGCAGACCGGAAAGUCCACGCGCCGCCCCAUCAUUGCAGAGUCCGAGCAAGUGAACUUGGAAGCCGGUAUGGUGAACCGGAACCUUCUCGGGCGGAAAACCCGUUACGCCUACUUAGCCCUCGUCGAGCCGUGGCCUAGAGUCUCUGGAUUUGUGAAAGUCGACCUCACAACAGGGGAGGUAAGGAAGUAUAUCUAUGGAGAACAGAGGUACGGUGGGGAACCUCUGUUUUUUCCUAACCCCAAUUCCGAUAAAGAAGACGACGGCUAUAUUCUAGCCUUCGUCCACGAUGAGAAGACAUGGAAAUCGGAGCUCCAAAUCAUCAACACCACAACUGUUAAGCUCGAGGCCACCGUUAAGCUUCCUUCUCGUGUCCCAUAUGGAUUUCAUGGAACAUUCAUAACUUCCAAGGAUUUACAGAAGCAGGUCUAAUGCGGAUGGGUGUGAAGUGAUCUUCACGUUCAUAGAUGGUAUAUCAUAGAGGAGAUUUACCAGAGGGAUGCUUGGAUAUAUGAUCCCCGGAAUCUCUUCCUCUGUUUAGAUGAACAAACCCUGUUUCUAGUUCCAUUUUUUUUUCUUGGAACUUUUUUUUCUUUUUUUGCUUGUUUUUGCAGCGAAAGGUUUUGAGGUACCAGCUUGUAGCUUUUGGAUGUAGCUAGAAUGGAGCUCAGCUGGUUUCUUCUUAUUCUUUCACUUGUGUGCAUGAAAAAGUAGAUAGUUACAAGAUAUUGUGCCAGAGUGUAUCACUCUGUUUUCCUCUGUAUUCCUCUGUUCCGCGCUUCUCCUUCAUGUGGUGUAAAUAUCAGAAUGUUCAGCAUAUGUAUAAUACAUGGAAUUAGUUUCU